UGUAGAUAUUGACAAAUGACAAGUUGUUCAAAGCAGCGAGCCCAUUGGACCGCUCUCUACAGUUUGGAGUUGGGUCUUCGACUAAUCCUAGAUCCUUCUUACAACCUUGCCCGACUCAUCUCAUCUCUCUCUCACUUAAUCAAUUGGACACGGCGACACCCACCCGCUUUCCGCCAGUGCACCGUCUCCGCCUGCCGCCGCCUCGUUGCUUUACCCAAAAAGAUUAUAAUUUAGGGGGUUUUUUGGGCGAUACAGAAAAUUAGAAAAUGGAGGAAGAUGAUGAUUACGUUGAGUAUAUUCCGGUAGCGAAACGCCGCGCUAUGGAAGCUCAAAAAAUCCUACAGAGAAAAGGCAAGGCUUCUGCGCUUGACGAUGAAACUGAAAAAGCCAAUGUGGCCGAAGUGAAACCUAGUUUACUUAUAAAAGCAACUCAGCUUAAAAAGGAUCAACCUGAGAUCAGUCAAAUGGAACAAAUUGUACAACAAGAAAAAGAGAUGAUUGAACAUUUAUCUGAUAGGAAAACCCUCAUGUCUGUUCGGGAAUUGGCAAAAGGGAUUACUUAUACGGAACCCUUGUUGACUGGGUGGAAACCACCUUUGCAUAUUCGAAGGAUGUCUCGAAAAGAUAGGGAUUUGAUUCGAAAGCAAUGGCAUAUUAUCGUUGACGGGGACGAAAUUCCUCCUCCUAUUAAGAAUUUUAAAGAUAUGAAGUUUCCAGACCCAAUAUUGAAGAAGUUAAAGGCAAAGGGAAUUGUGCAGCCGACUCCAAUUCAAGUCCAAGGUCUGCCUGUUAUCUUGUCUGGGAGAGAUAUGAUUGGGAUUGCGUUUACAGGGUCAGGGAAAACACUUGUAUUUGUGCUUCCGUUGAUUAUGAUUGCGUUGCAGGAGGAGAUGAUGAUGCCAAUUCUUCCAGGAGAAGGCCCUUUUGGGUUGAUCGUCUGUCCUUCAAGGGAGCUUGCUAGGCAGACAUAUGAAGUGGUGGAGCAAUUUUUGAUACCUAUGAGGGAGAAUGGAUAUCCCGUACUCAGGCCAUUGCUUUGUAUUGGUGGUGUAGAUAUGAGGUCUCAGUUGGAUGUUGUGAAGAAAGGGGUUCACAUUGUUGUUGCUACUCCCGGGAGGUUGAAGGAUAUGCUUGCCAAGAAGAAGAUGAGUUUAGACAAUUGCAGGUAUUUGACAUUGGAUGAAGCAGAUAGACUAGUGGAUUUAGGCUUUGAAGAUGACAUUAGAGAAGUGUUUGACCAUUUUAAGGCUCAAAGGCAAACCCUUUUGUUCUCUGCUACCAUGCCUACCAAAAUUCAGAACUUCGCCAGAAGUGCUUUAGUAAAGCCAGUGACUGUUAAUGUUGGGAGAGCUGGAGCUGCAAAUCUUGAUGUGAUUCAGGAGGUCGAGUAUGUGAAGCAAGAGGCAAAGAUAGUCUACCUCCUUGAAUGCCUGCAAAAGACUCCUCCACCUGUUUUAAUAUUUUGUGAGAAUAAGGCUGACGUGGAUGACAUCCAUGAAUAUCUCCUGCUGAAAGGAGUUGAAGCUGUGGCAAUUCAUGGAGGCAAGGACCAAGAAGAGAGAGAGCACGCGAUUUCAUCCUUCAAAGCUGGCAAGAAGGAUGUGUUAGUAGCAACUGAUGUUGCAUCUAAAGGUUUGGAUUUUCCUGAUAUUCAACACGUGAUCAAUUAUGAUAUGCCUGCAGAAAUUGAAAACUAUGUCCACAGAAUAGGACGAACAGGAAGAUGUGGUAAAACGGGAAUUGCAACCACAUUUAUAAACAAGAAUCAAAGUGAGACAACCCUGCUUGAUUUGAAACACCUAUUGCAAGAAGCCAAACAGAGGAUCCCGCCCGUCUUAGCUGAGCUCAGUGAUCCAAUGGAAGAUGUGGAUGCAAUCACCAAUGCAAGUGGCGUAAAGGGGUGUGCUUAUUGUGGUGGGUUGGGCCAUCGUAUCCGAGAUUGCCCCAAGUUAGAGCAUCAGAAAAGCAUGGCUAUUGCAAAUUCCAGAAGGGAUUAUUUUGGGUCUGGUGGUUACAGAGGAGAAAUUUGAUUUAUGUUUUUAAGUGCUCUGAAUUCGUUUUGGUUUAUAUCAAACAUAAAGAAUGUAGGAAUGAAUCCCCUUUUCAUCUUGAGUUGUGGGGGCCUUAAUGCAAAUUGUGUUUCUUUCUUUGACGUGAAUACUACGUUCAAUUAUGGCGAAAAUAGAA